CCCAGGCACUACAAUUCCCUCAAAGGAGAGAGAAAGUGUUGGUGUGUUUUUUAGAGAGAGAGAGAAAGAAAAGACUGUGUGAGUGUAGUGUGUGUCUUUCUCUCAUGGCCUCUAUGCCGUUGCGGCCGCAGCAACUGCUUCAACCGCCGCCGCCGCAAGUGGAGAAUGACGCGAUGAAAGUGGACUCUCGCGGCGGCUCCGACGCCAGCGCCGAAAAGGAAAUGUCAGCUCCUGUCGCAGAUGGUAAUGAUGCGCUCACUGGUCACAUAAUCUCAACCACAAUUGGAGGCAAAAAUGGUGAACCUAAACAAACCAUCAGUUACAUGGCUGAACGUGUUGUUGGCACUGGAUCAUUCGGAAUUGUUUUCCAGGCGAAGUGCUUGGAGACGGGGGAGGCAGUGGCUAUAAAGAAGGUCUUGCAGGACAGGCGAUACAAAAAUCGUGAACUGCAGUUAAUGCGCAUGAUGGAUCACCCAAAUAUAAUUACCCUGAGUAACUAUUUCUUCUCUACAACAAGUAGAGAUGAACUUUUUCUGAAUUUGGUGAUGGAAUAUGUCCCUGAGACGAUCUUCCGUGUUAUAAAGCACUACAGUAGUAUGAAACAGAGAAUGCCCCUAAUCUAUGUGAAAUUAUAUACAUAUCAAAUCUUUAGGGGACUGGCGUAUAUCCACACUGUACCAGGAAUUUGCCAUAGGGAUGUGAAGCCUCAAAAUCUUUUAGUUGAUCCACUCACACACCAAGUCAAGCUCUGUGAUUUUGGGAGUGCAAAAGUUCUGGUGGAAGGUGAAUCAAACAUUUCAUACAUAUGCUCACGGUACUAUCGUGCCCCAGAACUAAUAUUUGGUGCAACAGAAUACACAACUUCUGUUGAUAUUUGGUCAGCUGGUUGUGUCCUUGCAGAACUUCUUCUAGGCCAGCCUUUGUUCCCAGGAGAAAAUCAGGUCGAUCAACUCGUGGAAAUUAUCAAGAUUCUUGGCACUCCCACCCGAGAAGAAAUUCGAUGCAUGAAUCCUAAUUAUACAGAUUUCAGAUUCCCCCAUAUCAAAGCUCAUCCUUGGCAUAAGGUUUUUCACAAGCGAAUGCCUCCUGAAGCAAUUGACCUUGCAUCAAGGCUUCUCCAAUAUUCCCCAAAACUUCGUUACAGUGCAGUGGAAGCAAUGGCACAUCCUUUCUUUGAGGAGCUUCGCGAGCCCAAUGCCCGGCUACCUAAUGGUCGUUCACUGCCUCCCCUUUUCAACUUUAAAAAGGAAUUAGAUGGAGCGCCCCCUGAACUGCUUCCUAAGCUCAUCCCAGAGCACGUCAGGCGGCAAACUGGUCUCGGCUUCCUGUACUCGGCAGAAACCCAAACCCAAAUGUAAAGAGAUAGUGAAACAUAGAGUCAACCGUUCUAGUGGAUUAGUGUGAAAUACAUCAUGGCCUGCUUGUGGUCAAAAUAGAACAGGGGUUAUGCCUAAAUAUGCACAGUUUUUCUCCCCUUGUGAAGAUGUAUACAUGUGCUGGAAACUCAGUGUAACCCGGAAAUGUUGAUUAUGUCUAAUGUCUAAUAUUUCAUUCUAGUUAAGCCA